AUGACCGACCUAAAUGAUGAUUUGGAUCUACCAGUAACUAAAGAACUAAGCAGAGAGUUAGUUUCCAAUUUUGUACGGAAGAAUGGCUGCUUAGAUAUAGAUAAGCUAUUACUUGAGAAUAACUUCCAAUACGUAUCGUUAGACGAACUCUCAUAUGAAGUAUCUGCCUUGAAGCAAUCAAUGGAACAAACUAUACUGGAUGAAAUCAAUGACAAUUAUCCCGAGUACAUGGAAAUAUGUGACAGGUUUAAUACUAGUGACAAUAACGAGGUGUUGAAUAAGUUAAAACAAGUCUUGAAUGAUCUACAACAGUUCAACAAGCAAUUACUCCAACUUUGUGAUUCCUCAGUGGCUGAAACUAGAGAAAAAACAGUAACAGCAUUAUCCUACCUAAAAUCGCUUGAUAACCUAUUUGGUAAACUGGACGAUAUCACAAAGCUAUCAGAAUCGCUAAAGAUAUGCCAGCAACUUGUAUCAUCCUUACAGUCUAUGGUGCAGCUGAAUAUCGACGACGAGCUUUCCUUCACAGUGGCAAAGCAGCUCUCUACUAUACUAAUACGUUGUGACUACAGAUUUAGACAUUUGGAAGACAAUGAUUCCACCCUAAUUACUCGAAUGAGAAACGACUUUAAAAGUAUUCUCGAGACCGCAAAGCCUUUAAUUAAACCCGUUCUCGAGAAGCAGAACCAGCAAACUCAAACCAUAAAAACUUAA